UUGCCUUUGUAUUGUUUAAUUUUAUUUGAUUGGUAAUUUCUCGGAGCUGAAAAACUAUUAUUGACAAGAUCAAACAGUGAAAAUGGCACUUGCUAGCUCAUCCUCAAAGAUGCUUCUGUCAAGCAGUUUCUUUGGAUCUCUUCGUGGAAUUCACACAACAACGUCAGUUUGUGCUGAACGAUUAAAGUCUUUCGACAUUUAUCGUUAUAAUCCAGAGAAUCCAAAUGAAAAGCCACACAUGCAAACAUAUAAAGUUGAUCUUAAUGCUUGUGGUCCAAUGGUUUUGGAUGCCUUGAUUAAAAUCAAAAAUGAAAUGGAUCCAACAUUAACUUUCCGUAGAUCUUGUCGAGAGGGAAUUUGUGGAAGUUGUGCCAUGAAUAUUGGUGGAACCAAUACUUUGGCAUGUAUCAGCAAGAUUGAUGCAUCUAAUUUGAACAAACCAGUCAAGAUUUAUCCACUACCUCAUAUGUAUGUCGUUAAGGAUUUAGUUCCUGACAUGAACAAUUUCUAUAAUCAAUAUCGAUCAAUUCAACCAUGGCUUCAACGCAAAAACGAAGCAACUGAAGAAAAGGGUAAUGCUCAAUAUCUUCAGUCAGUUGAUGAUCGUGCAAAGCUUGAUGGUUUAUAUGAAUGUAUCUUGUGCGCGUGUUGCAGUACCUCUUGUCCUUCAUAUUGGUGGAACGGAGAUAAAUAUUUGGGACCAGCAGUUUUGAUGCAAGCUUAUAGAUGGAUUAUUGAUUCGAGAGAUGAAUCUACUCAGGCACGAUUGGAUUCAUUGAAGGAUCCUUUCAGUGUUUAUCGAUGCCAUACAAUCAUGAAUUGUACACGCACGUGUCCAAAGGGCUUAAAUCCAGGCAAAGCAAUUGCUGAAAUCAAGAAACUUCUUGCAGGACUUGCACAAAAAGGCGAACCUGGAUUGGAAACUGCAAAAUUACACAAGAAAUGAAUAAAUUAAAGUUCCUCUCUCUCUAUUAAUGUCCACAAAAAGUUCACUAAUAUUUUUUAGCAAAAUUUUGUUAUUGCUUUACAUAUAUAUUUAUGAGUUGAAGGAAAUGAGAGGCAUCAUGUUAAUUAACUUAUAAUUUAAUAAAUUUUAUCACGAAUUCUGUCACAUCAAAAAUUAUUAAAUCAGAAUAAAGUAUUUCUAGCAUGCAGAUUGU